CUAGAACCCUGUCCCAUCAACUUCAAUCCAAUUUCAACUAAGCCCGGCCUCCAGUUUCAAAACUUGUCCCCUUCACCGUUAUCACAAGCCAAUUACUGUCCUGUUGACCACCACUGUUCAGCAGACUGCCAAAAAUUCUAUCAGCAAACCUUUGAUCUAGCUUAAGCAGGCAGAAAGGCAAAGGUGGCGUCAUCGUCUUGAGGACACGUUCAACAGUGGCACUAAGAAUACAUACCUCCGUUCUGGGACGCUACGAGACGACGACAGCCUCUCCCAUACUUUCCGGGAGCCUCUCCUCCGAUACACAGACACACAUACGGCCACAGACAGAUUAUAAUCCAAGAUGAUCAGGUCAACGCAAAUAGCACGGCUUGACGGCCUGUACCUAUGCGCGUCUGUGGACGACGAGGCAACCGAGUCCUCCCUGUCAGAGAUCAAGUCCCAGAUCAAGCUCAUCCUCCGGCGGCUCAACCGCAACGCCGAGUCGCAGGCGUCCAUCGAGUCGGGCGACCACACGAUCAACUACCUGAUCGCCGACGACAUAGUCUACUUCUGCAUAACCGAGCGCUCGUACCCGCGCAAGCUGGCCUUCACCUACCUCUCGGACCUGGCCGCCGAGUUCUCGACCACCUACCCGGCCGCCCAGCUCAUGAGCCCCACCCUGCGGCCCUACGCCUUCAUGGAGUUCGACAGCUUCAUCAACAAGACAAAGGGCACCUACAGCGACGCGCGCGCCACGCAGAACCUCGACAAGCUCAACGACGAGCUGCGCGACGUCACAAAGGUCAUGCACAAGAACAUCGAGGACCUGCUCUACCGCGGCGACUCCCUCGAGCGCAUGGGCGAGAUCAGCUCCCGCCUGCGCGACGACAGCAAGAAGUACCGCAGGGCCGCCGUCAAGAUCAACUGGGACCUGCUGCUCAAGCAGUACGGCCCCAUCGGCGGGCUGGGGUUCAUCAUAAUCGUGUUCCUGUGGUGGAGGUUCUUCUGAGCAGGGCUGGGGCUGGGGGUAAGGAGGUGGGUGGGGGGGGGGG